UAUCUAAUUGUAGUUAGUUGUCGACCGAUUUGAUUAAAAGUCAACAGCUGGUUGGUGUAGUUUUGUUGAUUUUAUAUUAGUUGGAACGGAACGGGGGGUAGAUUCGUCGUCGCCACCUUCUAGGCUGUAUUAUGAAAUCUAUUUGCUGACUCAAAGUUGAAUGAAUCAUUUUUAGUAAUUGAGUCGGUGAUUACUAGUCGUGAUUGAAUGAAUCUCUUCUUCAUUAAGUUUCAUUAAGACGCCGCCGCCUUUGUGUUGUGUAUAUUUUUCCUCGUCCUGCAUACUAAUAGUAUCCUUCGCCUUAAUACAAUUAAUUUCGCCACCUUUGUUUGUUAGGUCUUGCUCAAGGUUUCUGUUGUCAUUAGCCCUCCCUUAGUUUGAUGGGAGGAGGAAAUUCUAAAGAAGAUUGGAGGCAAGAGUCGCCAUCUUCAUCAUCAUCAUCAUGGGCUUCUCAUCAGAGUUAUCCUCAAUCCGGACCUGGUAGCUACAACUAUCCUCCUCCACCCUCCUAUUCUCCUGCUCCCGCUCCAUCUCCAUCACCGGCUCCCAGUUUUGGUGCUCAUCUUCCUCAGCCGCCUCCUUAUACUCAAGAGGAGGCAUAUGCUUAUCCUUAUCCUCCCCCACAGCCUCAUCCUACUGAUAGGAAGAAGUUUGAUCGUAGGUAUUCCAAAAUAUCUGAUAACUACGCCUCUUUAGAUCAGGUGUCAGAGGCUCUAGGGCGUGCUGGUCUUGAAUCUUCUAAUCUUAUCGUUGGUAUCGAUUUCACCAAGAGCAAUGAGUGGACAGGAGCCAAGUCCUUCAAUAAGAAAAGCUUGCAUCAUAUCAGCAAUACUCCCAAUCCUUACGAGCAAGCUAUCACUAUCAUUGGAAGAACCUUAGCCGCCUUUGACGAAGACAACUUAAUUCCUUGUUUUGGUUUUGGUGACGCAUCAACGCAUGAUCAAGACGUGUUUAGUUUCUAUCCAGAGGGUAGAUCCUGUAAUGGAUUUGAGCAAGUUUUGGCUCGCUACAGGGAAAUUGUACCUCACCUUAAGCUCGCAGGACCGACAUCUUUUGCACCCAUCAUUGAAAUGGCGAUGACAGUGGUUGAGCAAAGUAGUGGCCAAUAUCAUGUGUUAGUUAUCAUAGCCGAUGGACAGGUAACAAGAAGUGUGGAUACGGAACAUGGGCAGUUAAGUCCCCAAGAACAGAGGACUGUUGAUGCAAUUGUUAAAGCGAGUGCACUUCCUUUGUCGAUAAUCUUAGUGGGGGUCGGGGAUGGACCAUGGGACAUGAUGCAGGAAUUUGAUGAUAACAUACCUUCCCGAGCUUUUGAUAACUUCCAAUUUGUGAACUUCACGGAGAUCAUGUCGAAGAACAAAGAGCAGUCUCGAAAGGAGACAGAGUUCGCACUCUCUGCUCUCAUGGAGAUUCCUCCACAGUACAAAGCCACGAUCGAGCUUGGCCUUUUAGGGCGAAGAAAUGGGAGUAUCCAAGAGAGAAUCCCACUUCCACCUCCGGUGCAGCAGAGUGGAGCAACAUUCUUCAAGCCGUCACCAGUACAGAGUUUUGAACCGAGUGUACCUACUUUUCCGAUGGAGAGCAAGAAUAUGACCACUAGUGUGGACGACAACCAGCUAUGCCCGAUAUGUCUGAGCAAUCCCAAAAACAUGGCCUUUGGUUGCGGCCAUCAGACAUGCUCUGAAUGCGGACCAGAUCUUAAGGUGUGUCCUAUUUGUCGUGCACCCAUCCAGACCAGAAUCAAGCUCUAUUAGUUCACCACUCUUCUCCAAGAGAUUUCAGAUCUUUCUGUAAAAAAAACAAAAAUGUUCUUUUGUUCUUUGAUUGAAUUCUCAAACAUAGCUGCUUGUUCUAUCUUUAGUUACUUUGCUUGGGUUGCAAGUUUUUCUGUUGAUUUUCUGUCAAGAUCCUAUUAAAAAGAUGCUUUGCUUUUUAUAUCUAUCAUCACCAACC